AUUAUAAUAAACAAAAAACGUGAGAGGCGAAAUGUUCUGCAGGGUGGUGAACGAACAGUCACCCUGUGUCACUUUCAGCCCUCAUUAAAUCUGGAUAUUAUACUGUGCUUCAACGAACAAGAGUUGCAGAGCUUUGAAACGCCGAGUGAAACGAAGAAAAAGAGAAGGAGAACUGAAACCUGAAGAUGGCAGAAGAAGAUAAGAAAGCUCAAAUUCCGAAGGUGAAAUUGGGCAACCAAGGACUUGAGGUCUCGAAAUUAGGGUUCGGAUGUAUGCGUCUGUCAGGAAUCAAGAGUAUGUUCCCAGGACAACCUGGGUAUGCAACUGUAUCUGAUGAUGACGGAAUUAUGGUGAUAAAGGAAGCCUUUAAUAUGGGAAUCACUUUCUUUGAUACAGCUGAUAUAUAUGGACCACACACAAAUGAAAUCCUUCUUGGAAAGGCCUUGAAGCAAUUACCAAGAGAGAAAAUUCAAGUAGCCACAAAGUUUGGCUUUGUAAGUGGUAUAACUGUGAGGGGUGAUCCUGAAUAUGUGCGCGUCUCUUGCGAGGCUAGCUUGCAGCGCCUUGGUGUUGACUACAUUGAUCUAUACUACCAACAUCGAGUAGACACAUCGAUUCCUAUAGAGGAAACUAUGAGUGAAUUGAAGAAACUGGUGGAAGAGGGAAAAAUCAAGUAUGUUGGAUUGUCUGAGGCCAGCCCUGACACGAUAAGGAGAGCACAUGCUGUUCAUCCUAUCACUGCUGUUCAAAUGGAGUGGUCUCUUUGGUCCCGAGACAUCGAAGAAGAGAUUGUCCCGCUUUGCAGGGAGCUUGGCAUCGGAAUAGUUCCGUACUGUCCUCUGGGACGCGGUUUCUUCGCUGGAGUAGGCGUUGAUUCACCUGCAACUGGCUUGUUGGCCUCGCAUCCUCGUUUUCAAAAAGAGAACUUGGAGAAGAACAAGAGUAUUUAUAUUCGCAUACAAGAACUCGCUAAGAAUCAUGAAUGCUCUCCUUCUCAACUAGCUCUAGCCUGGCUUCUCCAUCAGAGGGAUGAUGUGGUGCCUAUUUUUGGGACAACCAAAUUGAAGAACAUGGAAGAGAAUAUUGUCUCGGUUCGGAUUAAGCUUACAGAAGACGAACAGAAAGAAAUUUCGGAUGCUGUACCUCUCCAUGAGGUGGCUGGUGGAAGAUCUUACGCAAGUGUGGAUCGUCUGUCGUGGAAGUUUGCCAACACUCCUCCAAAAGGUUCUGUUUCCUCAACUUGAUCAAGCCAUACGAAAAGAUACAUUUCUUCAUCGCUGGUGUCACGUUAAAAAAUAAGUUGCACUAAGUUUUAAAAAAAAAAAAAAUUCAUACCAAGUAAAAUUAGUAGCUGAAUUGAAGCUACAUUAUUGAAGCUUUUAUGUCUGUGAUGUCUGAUCAAGCAAAAACAGAGAGAGAGAGAGAGAGACAGAGAAGAGAAUUCCUGUAGCACAAUCAAAUUUAUGGCAUAGGAAAUCAUCAGCAAGUGAUAAGAAGCA